CAAAGAUGGCCCAAUGCUUAGACCCGACGACCUCAAAAGGGAACUACAAAACGUUGGAAGAAGACCCUGAAUAUUUGCUCCAGCUGAUAAAUAAAUACGUAAGAGUCCUUGUACUCAAGAAUAUUUGCUUUAAUGGAUUCGUACAUUCUAUAGAUCCAAUAACGUACAGCAUCAUCCUGUCGGUUCCACAAGAAGAUACAUUCCAAACAACUCUCAUACCAGGCCAUGCUAUUGUAGAUGUCAUAGAAAUUCCAGUAGAAACGCAGGUGCCAUCACGAAGAAUCUCCAGUUGUGAAAAGCAAGACGAUGAAAAAUCCAGAAAGAAUAAACUAAUAUCUUGGUUCAAAAAGAAUCUUCUUCCAGUCUCAGUGGAAGCAGAUAACAUUGUCGUUGCAACAGCAAAAGUGUUACCACCUUAUAAUGUUUUAGAUAUUUACGCAGAAAACCCAACUAUAGCUCGACAGAUAAGAAAAAUUAUGUCUAUGAUGCCAGAAAAUUUUGCACCUACAUGACUGUGCAUUUUUUCCAAGUCAUUUUAAUGUAAAUUACUGUCAUAGAAUGAUAUUCUAUGCAAGUCUUUUUUGAUUUUCAUAGACAUAUAUUUGCACUUGGAACCUAAAAUUUAUUUCAUUAGUGUUGAGUCUUGGAACAAUUUUUGAAAAAUUAAUAUUUUAUUUAUUCAUACGACGAGGCUAUAACGAAACUGGUUCGUUCUGUGGUUUAGUUGGCAUAGCAUAGCACC